CUAAAACUGUUUGUACAAAUUUUCCAUGGCUGUUUGCUUUAGUAUGUUCAUGGUUGUUUGAAAUUUAAAAGGACAAAUAAUGAUAAAGAUAAAUAAUAACGGACCGAAAUUGUUUGCUAAUACGGGAAGACACCGCUGCCACGAAAAACAACUAUUACGAGCAUCUAUUACUCCGUUGUACCAAUAGCUUUUCAUUUCAUUACAUUGCUCCGAAUGUAAUUGCUUCGAAUUUAAAUGGAACAAAUCUAGUUUAGAGCCCACCCGAUUUUGUGAGUUUCUUUUUCAAAAUGUGUGGUAUUACGUGUAGAUUAAGAAUAUAAAAAAAAUCCAGGCGGACGAGCUUCGUUUUAAAGUUAUGAGGGAAAACUUCAUAAAGUUCGGGUUUUCCGUUUCACGUAUUCCUUAGUUAGAAUUUAACAUUUUUAAAUUUUUUUUUUUUCCAAAAUGUGUUUUUUUUAUGCUUAAUUCAUUGAUAUAAUCAAAACUUACUUAUAACACUUACUUUUAUAGGUUUUGUACAUAAACCUUGAAAAAUUCAUCCAAAAUAUAGUCAAAAAUUGACAUUUUGUUUUUUAUUAUAAUUUUUAAUUAUUGAGAUUUUGAUAACGAAGUAUUUUCAUUGAAAUCAGAAUGAGGCUGUCUGGCUUAGCUUUAGAGUUACAAGCGUUCAAACGCUGCAUUCACUCGGACAAUUUUAAUAAAAAAUAACUCGAUUUGUUGUGCAAAACCACGUCGGGUAAGCAACAGGGGAAAGUGAAAAAGUGUUUUGAGUGCUUCCAGAGACCUGGCGGGGUAGCUUACUGCAUUCGCGUAACGCAGCGUAACACUUCGCGUUUAAAUGUUUGGAACUCUAAAACUAAGCCAGAAAGCCUUAUUCUGACUUCGAAAAAAACAAAAUUGUUAUCGAAAUCUCAAUAAUUACAAAUAAUAAUAAUAAAAAUGUAAAUUUUCGACCCCAUUUUGAAUAAAUUCCAAAAAUGCUAUUUUUCAAGGCUCAUGUACAAAAAAUAUAUAAAUAAGUAUAAUAAGUAAGUUUUGAUUAAACUAAUGAAUUAAACAUUAAAAAACACACAUUUUGUAAAUAUUAAAUUCUAACUAAGGAAAACGUGAAACGGAAAACCCGAACUUUAUGAAGUUUUCCCCUCCCAUAAUUUCAAAACGAAGUUGAUCCGUAUUGACUUUUUUUUUUAUAUUCUUCAUGUACGCGUAAAAAUCACACAUUUUGAAAAAAAAAAAACUCAAAAAAUCACGUAGGCGCUAAUUUAGAUUCAUACCGAAUUUUAAAUUUUAAUUCAUCUUUUAACCUUGUGUUUUGUUACCUUCAUAUUGAUAAAUAAUUAUUGUUAAUAUUUGUUUCUCAAUUAUUUAGAAUCUGAAUGUGUUUAUCAGGCAUAGCGUUUUUUUGACUGAACUGGAUUGCCUUUUGAUUAAGAAGAAACUUUAAGAAAAUAUAAUUUUGUUUUAUCAGGAUUAACUUUCGAAUAUGCUGCAGUAUAAUAAUGUAUGUACAGAUCUUUUUGGCAGUCAUGAAACAAUGACAGUGCAGUAUUAUCAAGCAAAAGUAUGUGUAUAUGCCCGCAGAAUUAAUAAAACUGUAAGUUUUGUUUAAAAACUCUACUUAUAUCUAUUGUUUUAGCAUUGAAUAUAUAUAGGUAGUUCCAUUCAGUAGAUACGUAUCACAAUUGACAAAUUGACUAAAUGGAUCGAGAAAGGAUAGUUUUGAUGAUAUCCUGAUCCAAUUAAUUUACAGUAAACGCUAUUGUAAGAAUAUUUUAUCGACUUCUGAAUAUCUGCUUUUUACAUAAAUAUAUUUUCGAUAUAUUUUUUGGGAUAAACAAAGCAUAUAAAAGAGGUAUUUUAUGAAUUGAAAAAUUACUUAAUAUGAAUACUUAAUACUUAAGAUUAAUAGGUAUGCAUGAUUGCCUUAUGUAGACACAAUUCGGAGUAAUACACAUUCGUAACAGUUAUAUUUGGAGCAGUUGUAGCUACCCGUUAGUACAGAGAAUUUCUAGAGUUUUGAAUUCGGAAGUUGUAGAAUAAAUUAAUAAUGAUUAGACAAAAAAACAUUAUUUAAAACGUACAAUAUCAUCUUUAAUACAUGAAAACUUCAACCAGAUGAAAAAAUUUAAAGACCUAAAUCAAUGACAUAUAAGAAAAAUUGCAUAUCCCUAUUAAGAAGUAUGUAGAUAAAUAAAUAUAUUGUUACAAAUCUUAUCAGAAAAAAGAAAUGCUGGACAAAAAUUUUAAAAUAAUAUAAGAACUCUCUCGUGUUAUUGAACACGAGAACAUUUUUAUUGAGUGUUUGAAAUGAAAUUUUUAUACUCAAAAACCAUGCAACCAUACAGGUCUGUGAAAAGUGAUCGAAAAACAAGAAUAUCGAAUAAUUUAUUGUAAUAUAUAAUAACAGUAUAACGUGUGAAGUAUUAGUUUAGUACAAUAUUUGAUGCGUAUAUUGGUCACACUGUAGACCAGCGAUAGUUUGUGGCGAUACCUUGUUCCAUAAACCAUUGCAAAGCGACAUGGACUUCUAAAUACUAGGACUUUAUCCAAACCCAAAAGCCAAUAAGGCAAUAACUCAUACUCUCCCAUACUUCAAGUCUUUUAUAGUUCAAUCCUAUUGGUAAUAAUGUAAGGAUUUUCAUAUUUUUAAAAUAUUACUCAAAAGAUUUAUAGGGCAGAAUAUUAAAUUGAAUCUACCUUAAAUAAAUAGAAAAAAAGAAAUUUUUGGUAGGUAUGUAUUGAAAAAUCAUUUUCCUUUUACGUGAUUAAUUUGUUUUUGUCUGAUUAUUCUUAGUGUUUAUUAUUGUACUUAAGGAAACAUUUUUUAUUAUAUGUAAUUUGUUUUAGUUUUAAUAAAUUGUUUAUGUUCACAGUAUUUGAAAACGACAUAUUCAUCAUGGAAGUUGAUAAAAUCUUUGAAAAUUCUUCAUUAGAUUCAAAGUGAGUAAAUGUAUUAAUAUGAAUAUUGUGUCCAAAAAAAACCAAGACCAAACAUUGUUUAGAUGGUUAAUACUCAGAAUAUAACAAUAAAAUAUAUAUUUUAUUUUAUUUAUAAAAAAAAGCGUUAAAACAAUUUUUUUUCUCAGUAAACACUUUCUUGGUUAACCCUUUUACUGCUCUAAACAUAAUAUUACGUUAUUUUGUUUCAAAAAUAAAACAAGCGAAAUAUUACUUUAGUGAUUGUACCGAAAAAAUGUCUUGUGUUGUUCACCAUAUAAUAUUUGUAAUGGUUUAUUGUUUUUACAAUGUCUUUUAUAAUGAUGAAAUAUGAGUUAAAAUUUGUUCAUUUGAGAAAUUUUGGCUUGCAUAAUUUUAAACUUAGGUAGUUGGAAUCUUAAUUGAGAAGAUUUUGAAUUCAUAAAUGUUUUAACUUGGCGGUUUGAUUUUAUGAUUCUUUCUGAAUAUGUAUAAGAUAUAAAAAUAAUUUUUUUUUUCGUAGUAGAGAAAGGUUGCUAAUCAAAAAUAGUGUAGAAGUGAGAAGGUUAUUAAAAAUGUUUGAAUUUCUUCACAUUGUUACAAAUGUCAAUACAUUGGUUUUAUAUUUGUUGGUUUGUUUCAUUUGUUAUAAGAAAAAGGAACUCUAAUACAAUAAUUUUAUUAGUUUAUUGAUCUCUGUAGUCUGCUCAGCAUUGUUUUGUUUUGAAUGUCAUGUCAGCAACAAUAUUUGAUUUUAGUAUAUAAACAAAAUUUUACUAUAACCUAUAUAUCUUCCAAACUGUACUUUUAAUAGGUAUUUAUAAUUUGAAGUGUGUACAGCUUUUUAAAAUGUAUUUGUUUUAUUAUUAAUUACCUAAUGUAGGUGUAUGAGUAAAUUAAUAUAUUAGUAAUAGAAAUAUAAAUAGGUUAUGAAAGUUAGUUUUAUCUUUGUUUUUUUAAUUUUUACUUUGAAUUUGUGUAUAUCAUGUAUUUUUGUUUUGGUUAAAAUUUUAUUUAUCUAUUUAAAUUGUAAACUAUUAUUUAUUCUAGCUAUAAAUAUUUAGUAUUAUGAAAUGUAAUUGGAAUUUUAUUUCCAUUAAUUUUGUUUUUUUUUUUUUAGCUUACCGAUCCGUUAAGGAUCAUUGCUGCCUUCAAGUGAUCUCGCCAUACAUCUUUAUUUAAGUUAACUGAAAGGUCAUGUUCUGGUCUAUUUUUUUCAGUUCUCUGGUUAUUACAUCAAUCCAUCUGGUUCUGAGUCUUCCUAGGGGUCUUGUUUUGUUUAUAUUUUCCAAAAAAAUAUUUAUUAGUUAAUUAUUAAAUUUAUUAGUUGCCCAACUACUCUCCAGGUGUGUCCAAACCAUUAUAGCCGUUUAUUCCUGAUAAAUGCUAAAAUAUUUGUUCUGUUGUAUAAUUUCUGUAAUAAAAUUCAUUAUUUCUUCUCUCAAAUAUCAUUAAUUUCCUCUCAUCGCCAUUUUUCAAGGACCACGUCUCUCAAGCAUAAGUUACUAUUGGAUGCAAGUAAUUAUGAUAAUGGAGUACCUUUGAUGUCCAUGAGAGUAGUUUUAAUUUAGUAAUUUGAUUAUACUAUAAUAACACCAGUUCUCACUCAUAGUUUUUUCAUUAAUUUCCUGGUGCAUAUUAUUCUUAUCAUUAAUAUUUAUUCUUAAGUAUUUAAAGUUGUCCACUGCUUAAAAUUUCAUAUUGCUAACCAAAAGGUUGUUUGUGUUGUUCGUUUAUAUCUCAUACUAUUUUUUCCAGAGCUAAAUUUAUUAAUAUGGAUGAGAGGGUGUCACUUUGGCAGAGGCUAGAUUUUACCACAAAUAGUUCCGAGCAAUUUUGUAAAAAUCUUUUAGUCAUAUUUUUACUAUAUUUAAAUACUUUUUUGGCAUUCCGAGUAAUUCUAAUCCUUUCCAUAAUUCACUUCUGUUCACACUGUCAUAUGCCCGCCUGAAGUCUAUAAAUAAUAAGUGUAACUCCUUAUCAAAUUCAUAAUAUUUUGCUAUAACUUGUCUUGGCACAAAAAUGUGAUCAGUGGUUGACUUGCCCUUUCGAAAACUACACUGGUAAUUUUCAAUAAUUUCAUUGGCAUAUGUAUUUAUUCUUUCUAAAAUUACUGUUAGGACUUCAUAACCUAUGUCAAAUAAAGAGAUACCUCUAUAGUUCUCCGUUACUGCUGUGUUUCCUUUUUUAUGUAUGGAACAAAUUAUAGCAGUGUUCUAACAGACUGGAAUUUUUUUUUAUUAUCUAUACACACUUAAUCAUUUCUGUUAAUUUCUUCCUUAGUGGUAAUCCCACUGUUUUAACAAUUCUGCUCAAAGCCUUAUUAUUUUUGAAAUCGUAAACUGCUGUAUUGAUCUCGUUUUGAGAAGGUUCCUCAAUUAGCUGUUUUACUGUAUGGUAUUCUAUUUCUUCAUUUUCAUUAUUGUUAAGGUCUGUUUAGUAGCUUUUCAAAAAAAAAACUAAAUUUGUCAAUGAUUAGGGUUCCGUUUGUGUUCUGUUAUUAUUUUUGUUUGUGGUUUAUAGCCUCUUUUAAUGUUGUCACUUAUAUUGGAGAAUAUUUUUGGAAUGUAUUUGUUUAUUUCUAGAUCAUUUCUGGGCCAUUUGAUGAGACACAUUUGUAUUUAUGUAUUUAUAUCCUUUCUUGGAAAGUAGGUACGACUUAUUAUUAGUUCUUUAGAUGCAGCAAAGUGAAUUAGUCUUGUACAAUUGUCAUUGCUUGUUUCAUAUAAGAUAUCUCGUCUUACUGUGGAUCUAUGUAUUAGUUCUCUCUGCCCAUUUUAACAUUAUGAUCACCUACUAUCAUUUUUGUACAAUGAGUGGGUAAUCUGUUCACCAGUCUCUAAUUCAUUAUAAAUCAUCUUUUAUAUUAUCAGUUUUGUUUUCUAUAGGUGCAUAGUAGUUGAUUAAAAUUAGAUCAAAAUGUUAUCCGUUAAUAAAGAUUAUUAUUAUUAUAGUACAAAUUGUGUAUAACAUUUAAAAAUUAAAAUGUCCUCUGUUCCCAGAUAGGAAUUUUGUUAUAUUACUGGUAUAUACUCAAAAUAUGUUUAUAAUAGUACAUAUUUUAUUCUUUUGUAUUUUUUUUUUAUAUUAAUUUAAUAUUUUAAGUAUGAUAAUAUAACAUUUAUGUUAUUAUUAUGAUUUUUUUUUUUUCAGAUAUAUAUGCAAAUUUAAAAAAGAAGGUGAAGAAAUACAUACUAUUAUUAAAAAAGAAGUAGACUUCAUUGAUGGUUAUGUUUAUGAGAGUGAGAUAACAAUUGAAACCGAUCCCAUAGAAUCUAUUUUGUAUAACGAAUCACAAUUUCAAGAAAGAUGUUUUAUGUGUGCUAAUUGUAGUAACUCAUUUACGUCAAAAUUGAAUUUGAAAUAUCAUAUGAAAACUCACAUUGAGAAAAAACUAUUCCCAAGUAAAGUAUAUGAUAAAUCAUUUUCUACCUCAUCUGUUUUACAAAAUCAAAUAAAAGUUCAUAGCGAUACUCGUAUAAGACCAUACCAAUGUGAUGUGUCUAAGAAGAAAUUUCUUCCAAAAAUCACUUCAAACAACCAUGAAAAAAAAAAAUCUUAUGAUUGUAAUGUGUGUAGGAAAACUUUUUCUCGUGCAUCCAGUUUUUCCAAUCAUAAAAAAAUUCAUAGUAGGGAAAUACCAUACCAAUGUGAUGUGUGUAAUAAGACAUUUAUUCAAAAAACCCAUUUAAAAUUUCAUAAAAGAGUUCAUACAGGAGAAAAGCCUUAUGAAUGCAACGUAUGUAAGAAAACAUUUUCUCGUGUAAGCGUGUUAUUCAGCCAUAAAAAAAUUCACAGUGGGGAAAAACCAUACCAAUGUAAUGUGUGUAAUAAGACGUUUGCCCGAAAAGACCAUUUAGAAUUACAUAAAAGAGUUCAUACUGGAGAAAAACCGUAUGGAUGCAACAUAUGUAAGAAAAAAUUUUCUCAUUCAAGCACGUUAACCAACCAUAAAAGAACUCACAGUGGGGAAAGACCACACCAAUGCAAUGUAUGUAAUAAGACGUUUGUCCGAAAAGACCAUUUAGAGUUACAUAAAAGAGUUCAUACUGGAGAAAAACCUUAUAUGUGUGAGAUUUGUAAGAGGACAUUUUCUGUACGAUGUAUAUUAGUAUCCCAUCUAAGAAUUCAUUCCGGAGAAAAGCCUUAUCAAUGUGAAUUAUGUAAUAAAACGUUUUCGCACAAAAAUAGUUUAAACCAACAUAAAUUAAGUCAUACUCGAUCUAAGCCAUACAAAUGUAACGUAUGUAAGAAGACAUUUACUGCCAUUGCCACUUUGACUUUUCAUGAAAAAACUCAUAGUGGAGAUAGACCACAUCAAUGUAAUGUGUGUAAAAAGACAUUUAUUCGAAAACCCGAUUUAAACAUACAUAAAAUGGUCCAUACUGCAGAAAAGCAUUAUGAGUGUGAUGUUUGUAAGAGGAUAUUUUUUUUACGAAGUAUAUUAGUAUCACAUUUAAGAACUCAUACUGGAGAAAAGCCCUUUAAAUGUGUAGUGUGUAAGAAGACAUUUUCUCGAAAAAGAAAUUUAAACGAACAUCAAUUAACUCAUAUUAAAAAAAAAGACUUUUAAUUGUAACAUAUGUAAUAGGACAUUUUUGAACAUUACGCGUUUAAAAACACACAAAUUAACUCACAAUGGAGACACCAUUCAAAUGUCAUGAGUGUAACAAGACAUUUGUUAAAUUAUCUACUUUAAAAAUACAUAUAAGGGUUCAUACUGGAGAAAAACCUUACAAAUGUCAUUUAUGUGAGAAGGCAUUCAUAUUAAAAUGCCAUUUACAAUACAUUACAUACAAGAGAAAAAAAAAAGACUUGAAUGUAACAUAUGCAAUAAGACAUUUUCUCUAAGAAGUAAUUUAAAACGCCAUUUAAAGAAAGUUCAUACUUAAAAUAUUUAAAAUGUUAUUAUUUGUCUAAUUUUAAUAUUUAAAUUCAUUUUUUAAUAUUACAGAUAGAAAUAUGACAAUUUUAUUGUUAAAAUGUUAUGGUUUUACAAUGAUUAUUUUUUUCUUUUUUCUUUUUAUUUUUUGAAACUUUACAAAAUUUGUGCCAAAAAUCUUCCUCCGAUGUAUCAAGUGUAAUACCUUUUCUUAAAGAACAUUUUAUUUAGUUUGUGACAAAGAUCAUUUUUUGAUUUUCAAAGUAGUUUGUUAAUAAUUGAGAAAAUUUAUAUAAACGGU